CGGGAUGUGGAUUUACAUCGGCCCGUAACGCAGCGGCCGCGGAGCGGGGCGCGGGCACCGCACCUAGAGGCGAUGGGCGAAGCCGUCGGCGGGGCUGAGCCGGAGCGCUGCUGAAAGUUCAGCCGGUGGCCGCGCUCGGACUGUUUCCCUCAGGCGUUCCCGUUGCUUGUUUUCAUGACUUUGAGCCUGUUUAACCAGAGAUGGAGCAGAUGGACUGCAAACCCUACCAGCCACUGUCAAAAGUGAAACACGAAGUGGAUCUAACUUACUCAAGCUCUUCAGAUGAAAGUGAGGAUGGUGGAAAGCAAAGGCAAUCUUAUGACUCAAGAGAAACUCUGAAUGAAUACAGCCAGGAGCUAAGACUUAACUAUAACAGUCACAGCAGAAAAAGAAAAGCCAUUGACCAGUCCACACAAGAGCUGGAGUUCUGCGAGGCGCCGCGCGUGCUGUGCUCGGGGUACCCUGCGGAGCGGCGCGGCGCGGCCGAGCGCGGCUUCGCGCUGGAGGGCGGCUCGGACACGGACAGCGAGGCCGCCGCGUCCCCGGAGCGCGCCCUGCGCGUGUGGAUCAGCGGCGCCAAGUCCGAGCACAGCUCCUGCCUGUCCAGCCGCGCCAACUCCGCGCUGUCCCUCACCGACACCGACCCCGAGAGGAAGUCGGACGGGGAGAAUGGCGUGCCCGGCAGCCCGCACACGCAGUUCACGUUCCGGCCGCUGCCGCCGCCGCCGCCGCCGCCGCACGCGUGCACGUGUGCCCGCAAGGCCCCCGGGGAUUCCCUGCAGAGCCGCUCCAUGACCACCCGCAGCCAGCCCGGGCCCGGCGCGCACGACUCGGUGCAGCUGCACAACAGCUGGGUGCUCAACAGCAACAUCCCGCUGGAGACCAGGCAUUUCCUGUUUAAGCAUGGAUCUGGGUCUUCAGCUAUCUUCAGCGCAGCCAGUCAGAACUAUCCCUUAACAUCCAAUACUGUUUACUCUCCACCUCCUAGGCCUCUCCCUAGAAGCACCUUUUCCAGACCUGCCUUCACUUUUAACAAACCUUACAGGUGUUGCAACUGGAAGUGCACGGCGCUGAGUGCCACUGCCAUCACGGUGACCCUGGCACUGCUGCUGGCCUAUGUCAUCGCAGUACACUUGUUUGGUUUAACCUGGCAGCUACAGCCUGUGGAAGGGCAGCUCUAUGAAAAUGGAGUUAGCAAAGGAAAUAAGGGAAUAGAGUCCAUGGAUACUACUUACUCACCAAUUGGAGGAAAAGCCUCAGAUAAAACAGAAAAAAAAGUGUUGCAGAAGGGCCGGGCCAUAGACACGGGGGAGGUGGAGGUUGGAGCACAGGUGAUGCAGACCAUCCCCCCGGGGCUGUUCUGGCGCUUCCAGAUCACCAUCCACCACCCCGUGUACCUGAAAUUCAACAUCUCCCUGGCUAAGGACUCCCUGCUGGGCAUUUAUGGCAGGAGGAACAUCCCACCCACUCACACUCAGUUUGAUUUUGUGAAACUGAUGGAUGGAAAACAGUUAAUUAAACAGGAACCAAAAACCUCAGAGGAGCCUCAGCAAGCCCCCAGGAACCUGAUCCUGACUUCCCUGCAAGAGACAGGUUUCAUCGAGUACAUGGACCAGGGAGCCUGGCACAUGGCAUUCUACAACGAUGGCAAGAAAGUGGAGCAAGUGUUUGUACUGACCACAGCUAUUGAAGUCCUGGAUGACUGCUCCACUAAUUGCAAUGGGAAUGGAGAAUGUAUCUCGGGCCACUGCCACUGCUUCCCAGGAUUCCUUGGUCCUGAUUGUGCAAAAGACUCGUGCCCGGUGCUGUGCAGUGGGAACGGGGAGUACGAGCGGGGUCACUGCGUGUGCCGGGGCGGCUGGAAGGGCCCCGAGUGCGACGUGCCCCAGGAGCAGUGCCUGGACCCCACCUGCUCCGGCCACGGCACCUGCAUCAGCGGCGUCUGCAUCUGCGUGCCCGGCUACAGGGGAGACAUCUGCCAGCAAGAGGACUGCCUGGACCCCUCGUGCUCCGGCCACGGCGUGUGCGUGCAGGGGCAGUGCCACUGCUCGGCGGGCUGGGGCGGCCUGGGCUGCGAGGCGGCGCUGCCGGCGUGCCAGGAGCGCUGCUCGGGCCACGGCGCGCUGCUGGACACGGGGCACUGCGCCUGCCAGCCGCCCUGGACCGGCCCCGACUGCGCCACAGAGCUGUGCACCCUGGACUGCGGCAGCCACGGCGUGUGCUCCAGAGGGAUCUGCCAGUGCGAGGAGGGCUGGGUGGGCCCCACGUGCGAGGAGAGGACGUGCCCUGCACCCUGCGCCGAGCACGGGCACUGCCGCGACGGGCGCUGCGAGUGCAGCCCGGGCUGGGAGGGCGACCACUGCUCCAUCGAUGGCUGCCCAGGUCUCUGCUAUGGCAAUGGGAGGUGCACUCUGGACCAGAACGGGUGGCACUGUGUCUGCCAAGUGGGCUGGAGUGGCCCGGGCUGCAACGUUGUCAUGGAAAUGGUGUGUGCAGAUAACCUGGACAACGAUGGAGAUGGCCUGACAGACUGUGUGGACCCUGACUGCUGUCAGCAGAGCCAUUGCUACUCGAGCCCUCUGUGCCAGGGCUCUCCGGAUCCCCUGGACCUCAUUCAGCAGAGCCAGCCACCCUUCCACCAGCACCCCCCACGGCUCUUCUACGAUCGAAUCAGGUUCCUCAUUGGGAAGGAGAGCACUCAUGUAAUCCCAGGAGAUGUCUCCUUUGACAGCAGGCGGGCGUGCGUGAUCCGCGGGCAGGUGCUGGCGGUGGACGGGACGCCGCUGGUGGGGGUGAACGUCAGCUUCCUGCAGCACGGCGAGUACGGCUUCACCAUCAGCCGCCAGGACGGCAGUUUUGACCUUGUGGCUGUUGGAGGAAUCUCUGUCACUCUGGUUUUUGACAGAUCUCCUUUCAUAUCUGAAAAAAGAACACUUUGGUUGCCUUGGAAUAGAUUUAUCAUUGUAGACAAAGUUGUAAUGCAAAGGACAGAGCCGGACACACCAUCUUGUGACAUCAGUGGUUUUAUCAGUCCAAAUCCCAUUGUACUCCCUUCCCCCCUGACAGCAUUUGGAGGGUCCUGUCCUGAAAGAGGAACUGUUAUUCCAGAACUACAGGUGGUGCAGGAGGAAAUUGCCAUUCCUUCCAGUUUUGUGAAGCUCAGUUACCUCAGCAGUCGGACCCCGGGGUACAAGACUUUGCUGCGCAUUAUUCUGACACACUCAACCAUCCCUUCUGGAAUGGCCAAAGUCCACCUGAUCGUGGCUGUUGAGGGUCGUCUGCUCCAGAAAUGGUUUCCUGCUGCAGCCAAUUUGGUGUACACGUUUGCCUGGAACAAGACAGACAUCUAUGGACAGAAGGUUUCUGGGCUGGCUGAGGCAAUGGUGUCGGUGGGAUAUGAAUAUGAAACAUGUCCUGAUUUUAUUCUGUGGGAGAAGAGAACAGUAAUCCUUCAAGGCUUUGAAAUGGAUGCUUCAAAUCUGGGUGGCUGGUCUAUAAACAAACACCAUGUAUUGAAUCCACAAAGUGGCAUCGUGCACAAAGGGGACGGGGAGAACGUGUUCCUGUCGCAGCAGCCGCCCGUCAUCUCCACGGUGAUGGGCACGGGGCAGCAGCGCGCCGUGGCCUGCGCCGCCUGCGCCGGGCCCGCGCUGGCCGCAAAGCUCUUCGCGCCCGUGGCGCUGGCGGCCGCGCCCGACGGCAGCCUCUACGUCGGGGACUUCAACCUGGUGCGGCGCCUGCUGCCCUCGGGGAGCACCGUCAGCGUGCUGGAGCUCAGGAACAGAGACACAAGACACAGUACAAGUCCUGCACAUAAAUAUUACUUGGCUGUUGAUCCAGUGUCAGAAUCCCUGUACUUAUCAGACACCAACACCAGGAAAGUCUACAAAGCAAGAUCCCUGACGGAGACCAAGGAUCUGGCCAAGAACGCCGACGUGGUGGCGGGCACGGGGGACCAGUGCCUCCCGUUCGACCAGAGCCACUGCGGGGACGGCGGCAAGGCGGCCGAGGCCUCCCUCAACAGCCCCAGAGGCAUCACUGUGGAUAAGCACGGGUUUAUUUACUUUGUUGAUGGGACGAUGAUACGGAAAAUUGAUGGGAACGGUGUGAUCACAACAAUCAUCGGAUCCAACGGCCUCACGUCAACCCAGCCACUGAGCUGUGACUCGGGGAUGGACAUCACUCAGGUGCGGUUGGAGUGGCCGACAGACCUGACCGUGAACCCUCUGGACAACUCCCUGUACGUGCUGGACAACAACAUCGUGCUGCAGAUCUCGGAGCGCGGGCGCGUGCGGAUCGUGGCGGGGCGCCCCAUCCACUGCCAGGUGCCGGGCAUGGAUCACUUCCUGAGCAGGGUGGCCGUGCACUCCACGCUGGAGUCGGCGCGCGCCAUCGCCGUGUCCCACAGCGGCGUGCUCUACAUCGCCGAGACCGACGAGAGGAAGAUCAACCGCAUCCAGCAGGUCACCACCAACGGAGAGAUCUCCGUCGUGGCCGGCGCGCCCUCCGACUGCGACUGCAAGAUCGACCCCAACUGCGACUGCUUCGCGGGUGACGGUGGCUACGCCAAGGAUGCCAAGCUGAAGGCCCCCUCGUCCCUGGCCGUGUCCCCCGACGACACGCUGUUCGUGGCCGACCUGGGCAACGUGCGCAUCCGCGCCGUGCGCCGCAACAGCGCGCCGCUGAGCGCCGCCCGCCUCUACGAGAUCGCCUCGCCCGCGCAGCAGGAGCUCUACCAGUUCUCCAUCAACGGCACCCACCUGCACACGCUCAACCUCAUCACCAGGGACUACAUCUACAACUUCUCCUACGGCGCGGACGGCGAGCUGGCCGCCGUCAGCAGCGGCGGCGGCGGCGCGGUGCACAUCCGCAGGGACACGGGCGGGCUGCCCCUGUGGCUGGUGGUGCCCGGGGGCCAGGUCUACUGGCUCACCAUCAGCAGCAACGGCGUCCUCAAGAGGGUCUAUGCCCAGGGCUACAACCUGGCCCUGAUGACCUAUCCCGGCAACACGGGCCUGCUGGCCACCAAGAGCGACGAGAACGGGUGGACAACGGUGUACGAGUAUGACUCCGAUGGGCACCUGACCAAUGCCACCUUCCCCACAGGGGAGGUCAGCAGCUUCCACAGUGAUGUGGAAAAGCUGACACGAGUGGAGCUGGAUACUUCUAACAGGGAGAACGUGGUCACAGCCACAAACUUUUCAGCUACCUCUACAAUCUAUACUUUAAAGCAAGAUAACACCCAGAGCAUCUACCGGGUGAGCCCAGACGGGUCCCUGAGGGUCACCUUUGCCAGCGGGAUGGAGAUCACGCUCAACACGGAGCCCCACGUCCUGGCAGGGGUCGUGAGCCCCACGCUGGGGAAGUGCAACAUCUCCCUCCCUGGAGAGCACAACUCAAACCUCAUCGAGUGGAGGCAAAGGAGGGAGCAGACCAAAGGCAACAUCUCCACCUUUGAGAGGAGGCUGAGGACCCACAACAGGAACCUGCUCUCCAUCGACUUCGACCACGUCACGCGCACAGGGAAGAUCUACGACGACCACCGCAAGUUCACGCUGCGCAUCUCGUACGACCCCGCGGGGCGGCCGCUGCUGUGGGCGCCCCUCAGCAAGUACAACCAGGUGAACAUCACCUACUCCCCCUCGGGGCUGGUCACCUUCAUCCAGCGCGGGGCCUGGACCGAGAAACGCGAGUACGACCCCAGCGGGAACAUCCUCUCCAGAACGUGGGCAGACGGCAAAAUAUGGACCUACACCUACCUGGAAAAGUCUGUGAUGCUGCUGCUGCACAGCCAGCGCCGCUACAUCUUCGAGUACGACCACUCGCAGGCGCUGCAGUCGGUGACGAUGCCCAGCAUGGUGCGCCACGCGCUGCAGACCGCGCUCUCGGUGGGCUACUACCGCAACAUCUACACGCCCCCGGACAGCGGCGCCGCGCUGGUGCAGGACCUGGCCCGCGACGGGCGCCUGCUGCAGACCCUGUACCCCGGCACGGGCCGCAGGGUGCUCUACAAGUACACCAAGCAGUCCCGGCUCUCCGAGAUCCUCUACGACACCACCCAGGUCACCUUCACCUACGAGGAGUCCUCAGGCGUUAUCAAAACCAUACACUUAAUGCACGACGGGUUCAUCUGCACCAUCAGAUACAGGCAGACAGGUCCACUUAUUGGUCGCCAGAUCUUCAGGUUCAGUGAAGAAGGACUUGUAAAUGCCAGGUUUGACUACAGCUACAACAACUUCCGUGUCACGAGCAUGCAGGCCAUGAUCAACGAGACGCCCCUUCCCAUCGAUCUGUACCGCUACGUUGAUGUCUCUGGCAGGACUGAGCAGUUUGGGAAAUUCAGUGUCAUUAAUUACGAUUUAAACCAGGUUAUAACCACCACUGUGAUGAAGCACACCAAAAUCUUCAGUGCCAGCGGCCAGGUGAUUGAAGUACAGUAUGAAAUUCUCAAGUCCAUUGCCUACUGGAUGACGAUCCAGUACGACAACAUGGGCCGCAUGGUGAUCUGUGACAUUCGUGUGGGUGUGGAUGCCAACAUAACGAGGUAUUUUUACGAAUACGACCCUGAUGGGCAGCUCCAGACUGUGUCUGUGAAUGACAAAACCCAGUGGCGCUACAGCUACGACCUCAAUGGCAACAUCAACCUGCUGAGCCACGGGAACAGCGCGCGCCUCACCCCGCUGAGGUACGACCUGCGGGAUCGCAUCACCAGGCUGGGGGAAAUCCAGUACAAAAUGGAUGAAGAUGGUUUUCUCAGGCAAAGAGGCAAUGAGAUCUUUGAGUACAACUCGAAUGGUUUGCUGAACAAAGCGUAUAACAAAGUGUCUGGCUGGACUGUGCAAUACUGUUAUGAUGGUCUUGGAAGACGAGUUGCAAGCAAAUCAAGCCUAGGACAACAUUUACAGUUUUUUUACGCUGAUCUCUCCAACCCAAUAAGAGUUACUCACUUGUACAAUCACACAAGCUCAGAAAUAACAUCCCUAUAUUAUGAUCUGCAAGGUCAUCUCAUUGCAAUGGAAUUAAGCAGCGGAGAAGAAUAUUAUGUUGCUUGUGAUAACACUGGGACACCUCUAGCUGUGUUUAGCAGUCGAGGCCAGGUCAUAAAGGAAAUUUUGUACACCCCAUAUGGAGAGAUCUACCAGGACACUAAUCCAGAUUUUGAGGUUAUCAUUGGUUUUCAUGGAGGACUCUAUGACCCUCUUACUAAAUUAGUUCAUCUGGGCCAGCGGGACUAUGACGUGAUUGCUGGGCGGUGGACAACACCAAACCACCGGAUAUGGAAGCACCUGAAUGCUGUCCCACAGCCCUUCAAUCUCUACUCCUUUGAAAAUAAUUACCCCGUCGGCAAAAUCCAAGACGUUGCUAAGUAUACCACAGACAUUGGAAGUUGGCUAGAGCUGUUUGGUUUCCAGUUGCACAACGUGCUGCCUGGAUUCCCAAAACCAGAGAUAGAAGCCUUGGGGACAACAUACGAACUUCUACAGCUCCAAACAAAAACCCAGGAGUGGGAUCCUGGAAAGACUAUCCUUGGCAUUCAAUGUGAGCUACAAAAACAACUCCGAAACUUUAUAUCCUUGGACCAACUUCCUAUGACACCCAGGUACAGUGAUGGCAAGUGUUCCGAUGGAGUGAAGCAACUGAGAUUUGCAGCUGUUCCCUCAGUAUUUGGAAAAGGCAUCAAAUUUGCUAUAAAGGACGGCCUAGUGACAGCUGACGUCAUCGGGGUGGCUAACGAGGACAGCCGGCGCAUCGCUGCCAUCCUCAACAACGCCCAUUACCUGGAGAACCUGCACUUCACCAUCGAGGGCAGGGACACGCACUACUUCAUCAAGCUGGGCUCCCUGGAGGAGGACCUGGCGCUGAUGGGCAGCACGGGCGGGCGGCGCAUCCUGGAGAACGGCGUCAACGUGACGGUGUCACAGAUGACGUCGGUGGUGGGCGGCAGGACGCGGCGCUUCGCCGACAUCCAGCUGCAGCACGGCGCGCUCUGCUUCAACGUGCGCUACGGCACCACGCUGGAGGAGGAGAAGAACCACGUGCUGGAGAUGGCCAGGCAGCGAGCCGUGGCGCAGGCCUGGACUAAGGAGCAGAGGCGGCUGCAGGAGGGGGAAGAAGGAAUUCGGGCAUGGACAGAGGGAGAGAAGCAGCAGCUGCUAAGCACUGGGCGGGUACAAGGCUACGAUGGAUAUUUUGUUUUAUCUGUGGAGCAGUAUCUCGAACUUUCUGACAGUGCCAAUAAUAUUCACUUCAUGAGACAGAGUGAAAUAGGCAGAAGGUAACAAAGAAAAUCUCUGCCUUUGCGUCACCAAAGACUGCCUGUUUUUAAACAUAAAAUGGUUUAUUGUAUUGUUUUUUCUAGAUCAGAACUCUGUAUAUAUAAAUAUAGAGGAAAAAACAUAUCCAACUGCCUUUAAAUGUGACAGAAGAUGGUAUUUUAAUAUCGUUUGUUUAACUCUUUGAGAGAUGACAGUGACAAUUUUUAGUUCUUGUGUGGCAGUAUUCAAAGAUUUCAGAAGCAGAGUCCUGCGAGGCGCGAGGGGCCCUGCGGGGCGGAGCGGGCGCCAUGGGCUCUGCCUUCUCCUAAAGAAACACAAGGUUUUUGUUGUUGAUUUCACAAUUCACCAGUUAUUUAAAUGGUUACAGAGCCUGAUUCUGCAACCCAUCUUUACUGGGUGUCUUUACCCCAGUGAGAUCUCCCAUAAGUUCAAGGGAUUGCAUACAGAAGCCAGACUGUGUAUGGAAACUUCACAGCUGCUCACCAACCCCACACAUGUUCCUCACAGGUAGAAGCUAAGGGAUUUUCUGACCUGGGAAUUCUGACUUGGGUUGGAUUCAGCAGGACAAGGAUGUCCCCUCUGGGGGACACGAGGCCACCCCUCAGCUGCUCCGUGCUGAACACCUGGUUGUGCCCACCCGUGUGUGCCAGGCCCCUCUCCAGGGCUUUCCUGGGCACGGGGAUGCACCAGGCUCUGGCACACACACGGAGCUGCCAGUCUGCCUGGUGGCACCGAGCUGGCCACGCUUCAGCCAGAGGGGUGGCUAACGCAGGCUUAGUGGGGGUAGUCACUGGGCCAGGACUUGUCUGCACACAGAUGAAUUGGAAGGUGCAGUUGUUUUGGCGUUUAGGCAUCAUGUUCUUUUCAUCUCAAAUUAAUAAUCCUGUUGUAGUACUCAUUUUUUCGAGUCGAAGAUUGGUGGGUUGGGAGUUGCUGAACCUAAGUGUGGAUAGUAAAUAUGUUGAUAAAUGUAGAACAUUUUGGGGAUGACUCUUCACUUUUCAGCUCAAUAAUUAGAGCACAUAGAAAAGCAUUAUAUUGCAUGGACAGAAAUUUUUAUUUCCCAAGGUAACAUGCACUACUGGCACAGUUAUUUCAUAGCAGCAUAGAUAAUCCUGCCUCCAGCUUGUCAUUUUUAAAAGACCUGAUUAUCAGGAGGUGGGUCGGGCACACAGGGAGGGGGGGACAGGCAAGCAGUUUUCCAGAGGGAUCUAGAAGUCUUUUUAUAGAGUCUGUGUAUCCCUAACAGUGAAGUUAUUGCACAUUUCUUUGAGAACAGACAUAGUAAAUAUAUUGAAACAAUUUCGGCUCUUAAUUACAGAAGCCAACAAAGUGCAUUCUUUAUCUUUUUUUCCCCCAGUCUUUUUUUUUCCCUUUGUUUUUGGGCGAGUGGAGCGGACUGUACCCAAGUUAGAGAUGAGCCUGGAUGGACACCUGAGCUGGGAGCCCUCCCUGGGUCUGAGCUCGGGUCCCAGCCACAGCCCAGCACUGUCUCACUGUCUCUUCCCAGAUUCCUUUUGCUCCCCUGGGAGCCAGCGCAGCUUUGGGGGUGCAGGGCCAGGCUGAGUGGGAGCCUGGCCCCUGAAAUCUCCUCUGUCCCCAGCCAGGGGGACCCGUGGACCAAAAUCUGCACAUUCUCAUUGUCAUCAGGCUCAUCAUUAACUGAUGUACAGAACAGGGAGCUGGCAGCAUCCAGGUUUGACAGCUCAGAUUUCUGUAAUUUUCCAUCAGAUCAUGGAGAAUUUGAAUACCUCCACACCAGCCUAAAAAUGGACCUUCAAAUCCUCGAGCCUCUAAUACACUUUUAAUCAAUGGAAGAAUAAUUUAUGAAUUGUAUAUAGAGAGUGCAUUCAUAAAUGUGAUGAUGUAUUUUAUCACUGAUCCAAGAUGUCAAUAUUAGAGUCUAUUUUACUUAUAUUUUAAGCAAUUAUACUUUUUUGCAAUUCACUAAUGAGGAUCAUUUUCAAACUGCUUUAAUAUCCAUUAUAAACAAAUAUUUGGAGCUAUUAAAGUUACCUUGAACUGUGCAUUUCUAGUAUGUAAUACAUAUUUAGUUAGCUUGUGCCUUUAGUUUCUUAAAGUUAUAUUUGUAUUAUAUGCAGGAAAUGCACUUUGUAUUACCUACAGUUGUGAUUUUUAAUACUGCCUUGAUUACUGUUGUUCUCAUGUUAUGCCAAAAGGUCAAAGAGUUCAAUGUGUUACAAGUUUGUCUUUGAAAGUAGAUUUGGCAUUUUCCCAUUUCCUGGGUGCAGUCUAAGGUAUGUUUUGAACAGUAUUUCUUAGGAGAAUACAGUUUCAUUAAGACUCACAUGGCAUUACAUGGCCCAGUUACAAAAGCAAAAAAAAAAGCCUUCAUCAUAAGUUUCUUGAAUUUAGGGAACUAAAUAUAAUUGCUGUGUUGAGAUGACAGUGCUCAAGAAACAAGAUUGCUGAAAGAGCAAGUGUGGGAGAUUGAAGUCGCAUCAGCUGCACGGGGCCAGCCAGCAGUGAUCUGUGAGAACUGCAUGAACAAAGAGCUUUGCACUGUCUUGUUCAUGAACAGCCUCAGAUGGAGGCACGGAAUAUUUCAGUCUCCAUUUUUUUCCUGAGUAGUUAGAGCAAUUUCUCAUUGGGUUUUUGGUGGGUUUGGGUUUUUUUAUACAAUUCUCCUUUUUUUUUUUUUAAUUUUGUAUUUUGCACUAUAACCUAGAGACCCAGUUGAGAAAAAAAAAUAAAACAAUAGCAUGGAAAUUUUUACUGUUACUUAGAUCAGAUAAUUUCAUGCUAGCAUUCUGCACUACAAAGAAGGUUCUGAAAGAGGGGAAAAUAAAAUAAUUAAAAUAAAGUAUAAAAUAAAUUAAAACUAAAAUAAAUAAAAUCCACUAUUGCACACUAUCCUGUAGCAAAGUACCUACCAUGAGAAGUACAUGCUAUAUUUUUUACGACAGCCAAACAAAUAGUGUGUACAAGUAACAUUUCCUUUGCUUUCAUAUUUAUUUAGUAAAUCUAGAACAUUUCAAAGUUAUAAAUAUAUAUAUAUAGAUAUCUAUGUAGAACAUAGCCAAAUAAAUAUAUAUGACCUGGUGAAGGUGCAAGUGGGCACGCCCACCUUGGCCUGGAGCCCUCUGUGUCCCCGGGCGGGCCCUGGGCAGGGGUGUCCCCGUGCCCUGGGCAGGGGUCCCACCCUGAGCCCUGCCCAGGGCGGCUCCUCGGGGAGCCCGGGUGCUGCCCCAGGGCAGGUGCUGCCCCAGGGCAGGUGCUGCAGGCAGAGCAGCUCCUGGGGCAGCCCAGCCCAGGGACACGGGCAGGGCCCGGGGCGUCCGGGCGUUCGCCAGGGCGCGGCCGAGCCGGUGCGGGGACACCCCGGGGACACCCCGGUGCCACCCUGGUGCCAGCCCGGUGCCACCCGGCUCAGGCCGUGCCAGCAGCCCCGAGGGUUCCCCUCCAGCACCCAGCGCUGGCUGUCAUUCAAACCUCCCCUGACACAGAGCGCGAGCGGGUGGCACCCGCCCGCCAGAGAACGGCUGCAGGCGGGCACUGGGACGGUGGCCUUGGACCCGCUGUGGGUUUGUCUGGGCAUUCGUCACCUGCCAUUAUUGUCUAAGGAAACGCGUGCGACAAUUUCCAGGUUUUCCUUAGAUCUCGUGGUGGACUUUAGCCUUUUAAUAAAUGUUAGUAUAUCAGAUCGUGUCCUUGACAGUAUUUUACUUGUAUGAACCAUGAUGAAACAUUAAAAUCUUCAUACUCUUCUGGCAGAAGUGUCAAUAAACAAGAACGAGAAGCAUAGCAUACGAUAUAUGUCAAAGUAAUGUUCCUUUUUAGCUUUCUCAUCAACAGUAAAAAAUGUUUACAAUGUAUGCCAAGAUCUUCACUUUCUGUCUAACACUGGUUAGAGGUUCUGAUCUUACAGAAAUUGUGUUAUAAUGGCCUCAGCCUCGUUGCUAGGAAACAAUAGAUCCCAAUUUUUUUAUUCCUGCUCUGACUCCUGUGCUGAACAGUGACUGGAUACUGUACAGGUUUAUGUUAUAUGGCUGCAGUUAAAUGGUCUGAUGCAUUUUGCUCUGGGUUUCAGACCAGAAGCAUGCAUUUUCUACAAGAACAUCCCAGCAACACCCUGUAAAUAUUGAAAGUUAAUAUAUUACGUGUCGAUAUUUGAAAAAGAAAGUACUUUGACUAUUUCAUUUUUAAAAAAUAAAGGUGCAAACUUA